UUUUCCGCGAGCCGGGGCCUCUGGCUGCAGGCAUGAGACCCAGGGGCCUGGCGCGGCUGCAUGGGCUCUUCGCUGCCUACAAGCCCCCCGGGUUAAAAUGGAAGCACCUGCGGGAUACCGUGGAAUUGCAACUUCUUAAGGGUGUCAAUGCCGGGAAGCCGCCUGCCCCUGAACAGCGUGUUCGCUUCCUGCUGGGCCCCAUGGAAGGCAGCGAAGAGAAGGAGCUGACCCUCACAGCCACCAGUGUCCCCACCCUCACCAGCCAUCCGCUGGUAUGUGGACCUGCAUUCACCAGCUUGAAGGUUGGUGUGGGACACCGGCUGGAUGCCCAGGCAUCUGGGGUGCUUGGUAGGUGUUGUGUGCUCGGCGUGGGACAUGGAUGCAGCCUCCUCACUGACAUGUACAGCGCUCACCUCACCAAGGAUUACACAGUCCGCGGCCUCCUGGGCAAAGCCACAGAGGACUUCUGUGAGGGUGGGCCGUUGGUGGAGAAGACAACAUUCGACCAUGUGACCAGAGAGAAGCUGGACCGAAUCCUGGCCAUGAUCCAAGGAUCCCAUCAGAAGGCCCUGGUGAUGUACUCCAACGUUGACCUGCAGACGCAGGAGGCCUAUGAGAUGGCUGUGAGAGGCUUGAUCCGGCCCAUGAGCAAGUCGCCGAUGCUGAUAACCGGCAUCCGAUGCCUAUACUUUGCACCGCCAGAAUUCCUCUUAGAGGUGCAGUGCAUGCAUGAGACGCAGAAGCAGCUGCGAAGGCUGGUGCAUGAAAUCGGCUUGGAGCUGAAGAGCACGGCUGUCUGCUCCCAAGUGCGGCGUACACGCGAUGGCUUCUUCACCCUGGACGAUGCCCUCUUGAGGACCCAGUGGAACCUACAGAGCAUCCAGAAUGCCAUCCAGGCUGCAGCCCCCCGGGUGGCAGUGGAACUAGAGAAGAGCUUGAGGCCAGGCCAGGCACCCAGCAGCUCACCGGUUCAGGCCAGCCCUGAGACUCCAAGAGACUGAGCCCCACCUUGAGGCUGGAGAGCUGUGCAGGGCAUCGAAAGGCCAGGCAGCUGCUGUGGCAGCGGGUAGAUAAAAUAAGAAUUGUUCAUGAGUUGGAACCCAUGACUGUGCAGAAUCAAACUGUAGAGGACUCUUUUCUAUGUGUGACAUAAAACUUUGAAGCUCUAAGAGAAAAGAUCAGCAAACUUGACCCAGCCAAAAAGGAAAAAACUUCUGUGUGGUGAGAAGGUGAUAAACAAAUACAAAAGUAUUUUAAAUAUG